UCCCAGUGGAAUUAGAAUCUCAUUAAUAGAAUGAUGAAAUCAACACAAAGUUGAUAGUUAGUGAGCCUUUGCGUCACAUGGAAGAGGGAGAUGAGGAACUAGAUAAGAGUCGGCUCCUGCUGAGGAACAAGUCGGUCAGGAAGCCGCGCCGCAGCCAUGGCUUUUAAAAAUACCGGAAAGAUGCCCGUGGAGCCCAAGGUGGCGAUUCACCGAAUUCGAAUCAUGCUCACCAACCGCAACGUGAAGUCGCUGGAGAAGGUGUGUGCUGACUUGAUCAGAGGCGCAAAGGAAAAGAAUCUGAAGGUGAAAGGACCAGUGUGCAUGCCUACCAAGACACUGAGAAUCACUACAAGAAAAACACCUUGUGGUUCCAAGACGUGGGAUCGUUUCCAAAUGAGAAACCACAAGCGACUCAUUGACUUACACAGUCCUUCCGAGAUUGUUAAACAGAUUACUUCCAUCAGUACUGAGCCAGGAGUGGAGGUUGAAGUCACUAUUGCGGAUGCCUAAGUCAACUAAAUAAAUUGA